AUGUUUGAGAGAAGGUUGGUGUUCUUUCUUUUUUUGACAGUCCGGAUUAACCUACUAUGGUGCAAUGUUGUGAAACUUUCACCUUCAUGUAAACAAAGUGUUUGUGAAUUUGAUUGGACAGUUGAUUACAAGUUCACUAUGAUGUGGUAUAACAGGACUUCAGAGGAACCUGAUUUUCAACCAAUUAUAAUGGAUAGUAAUAAUUAUAUUAGAAGGCGAUCAACUACACCAAACUGUACUGAAACCUACAACGCCGUCACAUUUUCAGAAUUUAAAGAUUUGGUCAGCACUGGUGAUGGGGAUUUCCGAAUGGUAUACGCCAUUAAUGGACAAAUUCCAGGACCGGAAAUAGUAGUAACGGAAGGUGAUACGGUGGUAAUUCGUAUAAGAAAUCGAUUAAAGGUGGAAGGAUUGACAAUCCAUUGGCACGGUUUGUUACACAGAGGUACACCGUGGAUGGACGGCGCCUCCAUGAUUUCACAGUGUCCUAUAUUACCAGGCCAGAGUUUUGAAUACAGAUUUAUAGCAGAGCCAGUUGGUACUCAUUGGUAUCACGCGCACACAAAUACUAUGAGAAGUGAUGGACUAUCAGGGGCAUUUGUUGUCCUGCCUAAACAGUUAGGAAAACCAUUGUAUUCUGCUGAGUUUAUCGCUGUAAUACAAGACUGGACCAAACGAUCAGCAGCAGAGACGGCCGAAACAUACAGAAGCAGAUUAUUCGGAUUAGAAGAGUAUGACGGAAAAUGUCAACCAUCGGAGUAUAUGCCAGAUGGAGGGGCAUCUAUAUUUGCUUUAAACGUAGGAUUAGUGAAUGGAAGAGGGCGACGAUAUACCGAUAAAUCUGAGUCCGGAGAGAAACCAUACAUUCCCUUGGAGACUUUUACAGUACAGAAAGGAGGAACUUAUCGCUUCAGAAUCAUAAAUGUUGGAUUUGCUUCGCCUUUUAAGAUCUCUUUUGAAGCGCACAUAAUUUCCGUUCUGGCUUUUGAUGGAAACGAAGUCGAGGAACAAGAGUGUGAUGCAGUUGUUAUAAGUCCAGGCGAGAGUGUUGAUAUCAAACUAAAAGCAAACCGCUCGCCCAGUAAUUAUUAUAUCACUAUAGAAACUCUACCAACUAGGACAAUCUGGGGCCCAAUUGAAAAAUCAAGAAAAACUCGUGCUAUUCUCAAUUAUCAUGGAGUCAACCAAUUUCAGGAGCCUUCGUCAAUACCUCGCCUUUGUACCGCGCACAAUCCCUGCUAUGUUGUUAACCAAAUUUAUGGAUUGCCACCCUUUGAUUCCAAUACGUUGAUCAUACCUCUAAGUAGCCUCAGAUCAACCAGAGCAGUAUUAUCUAGAUUCCCAGUUCCCGUUGAAAGUCCCAUAUCAUCACUGCAAGAAUUUUUCUUUCAUUUCCAUAUUUAUCGUGGUCAUCCAGCUAUCAAUGGAAUACGAUUUAUUUAUCCAACUUCAGCUUUACAGACUUAUCCUCAAGGUAGAGUGACUACACCGUGUCCGACAUCACACUGCACCACUCAAAGUUGCAGAUGUACCCACACAAUCAAACUAGGAAUUGACAAUACAAUCCAGUUUGUAUUCUUUACACGAGGAAUAAAAGCACCGCAUCCAAUACAUUUUCAUGGUCAUCAGUUUCAUGUGGUAAAAAUUGGAUACCCUGAAUACGACCCCAUUACUGGAAACGCAACAGCACCGAAUCAAGAUAUUAGAUGCCUGAAUGAUGAUUGCACCGAAGCAACCUGGGCAAAUCCGUCCUGGCAUUAUGGAGUACCCGGUCUUAACUUGAAGAAUCCGCCGCUUAAAGACACAGUUAAUAUUCCAUGGGGCGGUUAUGUUGUUGUUAGAAUUACAGCAGAUAACCCAGGCUAUUGGUUACUACACUGUCAUCUUGCACAUCACCAAUCUCUGGGAAUGUCACUCGUGCUGCAAGAGGGAGACGUAUCGGAUAUGAUAUCAACACCUCCAAAUUUUCCAACCUGCAAUAAUUUUCAAAGUUCUCAAGAAUACAUAAAAUCCGCAAUCAAGGAACAGAAGAAAAUUCUGGCAAAAAAGCGAUAUUACAAAAAACUCCAGGAAAAUCGGAAGGGAAAAGCUACAAUCAGCGAAAAACAUCCAUUUCAUGCAAAAGACUUGGACACUUCUUCUGUGAUAAAGUUUUUAUUAAGUGGCAAACCUGUAGAUACACCCGAUAACAGAAUUACCACCCGGCAACAACAUCCAGGGGUCCAGAAUCUCCCUUCUACCACCUCUAAACCAAUUACACCAGUUUGUGACAACAGUCCAUGGCUCUGCUUUGGAGGCAGUCCUUUCGCUCAGUCUUCUAAUCUUUUUGCUCAGCCUCCACGUUCUUCUGCUCAGCAUUCAAAUACUUUUGCUCAGCCUUCGAGUCAUUUUGCUCAGCAGCGCAAUCCUUUAACUCGAGAGCUCAAAUAA